AUGGCGCUCUACCGUCGUGUCCUGCUCCUCCGCCGCCUCUCCCACCUCCACCCCUCGCCCGUCCCCGCCAUCUGCUCCUCACCACCACCCACCCUUGCGGGGCUCCUCACCCCCAUGGGGCGCCGCCACUUGGCCUUCUCGUCCGCCGAGGAGGCCGCCGCCGAGCGCCGCCGCCGCAAGCGCCGCCUCCGCAUCGAGCCUCCAAUGAACGCCCUCCGCCGCGGCCCGCCUCCCCCGCGGGACCCCAAUGCGCCCCGCCUCCCGGACACCACCUCCGCGCUCACCGGCCCGCGCCUCAGCCUCCACAACCGCGUCCAGUCCCUCAUCCGCUCGGGUGAUCUAGACGGCGCCUCAGUCGCCGCCCGCGCCGCUGUCUCCUCGCGCGUCCGGCCCACCGUCUUCACCUGCAACGCCGUGGCCGCGGCCAUGGUCCGCGCCGCCCGCCACGAUGACGCCGUCGCCCUCUUCGAUUUCUUCUUCCGCCGCUCCAACAUCGUCCCCAACAUCGUCUCCUACAACACCCUCAUCCUCGCACACUGCGAGGCCGACCGCGUCGACACCGCUGUGCAGGUCUACCAGGACAUGCUCGCGUCUGCGCCCUUCUCCCCCUCUGCCGUCACCUUCCGCCACCUCACCAAGGGUCUCGUCGCUGCUGGCCGCAUCCGUGACGCCCUCGAUCUCCUCCGCGAGAUGCUCGACCGCGGCGCUGGCGCCGACUCCCUCGUCUACAACAACCUCAUCGCUGGCUACAUCGACCUCGACGACUGGGGCAGGGCCUUCGAGCUCUUUAACGAGCUCGCAGAGAGGUGCCUUGUCUACGACGGUGUUGUCCACACCACCUUCAUGGAGGGCUACUGGAGGCAGGGCAAGGACAAGGAGGCCAUAGACAACUACCAGUCCCUUCUUGAUCGGGGCUUCAAGAUGACGCCGGCCACCUGCAACGUCCUGCUCGAGACACUCUUCAAGCACGGCAAGCACAAGGAGGCCAACGACCUAUGGGAGACCAUGAUUGACAACCACACCCCACCAAGCUUCAUCGGCAUCAACGCCGAGUCCUACAAUGUCAUGGUUAACCAGUGCUUCAGGGAGGGCAAGUUCCAGGAGGCGAUUGAGGUCUUCCACCGCCAGCCCAGGAAGAAUGUCCAAAUGGACGUCGGCUGCUUCAACAACAUCAUUGGCAAACUCUGUGAGAAUGGCAUGCUAGCUGAGGCAGAAAAGCUCUUCGAGGAGAUGGAGAAGAAGUCAGUCCUUCCAGAUGUGUACACCUACAGUUACCUUGUUGACUCAUGCUUCAAGGAAGGCCGUGUGGAAGAUACAAUGGAAUAUUUCUACAAAAUGGCAGAUGGGAAGCAGCAUGGGCCAAAGUUCAAUAUUGGUUUCUUCAACCGCAUGUUUGAAGGGCUUACAGAAGCUGGCCGGAUUGAUGAUGCCUUGAUGGUGUACAGGAGGAUGCCUGACAAGGAGAUCAAACCAAACAUGACCACUUUUGAAAUCCUUGUCAAAGCCUUAUGCAAAGAAGGGGACUUGGAUCAAGCAAGGGGCCUAGUAAUGGACAUGGCAAGAGGUAGUAUUGUGCCUCCUCCAGAGUUCCGUGAGUCUGUUGUUAACUUUUUCAAGAAGGCUGGUCGACAGGAAGAAAUCAAGAAAGCUUUUGAAGAAAAACCUAUGCCAACAACUCAGCCUAGGACAGAGUAUCAGUCGAGGAAUGAGUAUCACUCGUGGAAUGCAGUUGGUCCUGCUCAAGUAAAACAACCUGGCUUUAGCUCUGCUCCAGCAAUGGAACCUGAAUUUGUUUACUCUCAGCCACAACAGUCAACACUUAGUAACACUCCAAAUCAGCAGCCUGAGUUUGGCUCAUCUCGUUCAUGGAAUUCAGGUUUUGGUGCUCCUCAAGUGCAGCCUGGAUAUGGUGCACCUCAGCCUGUACAGGCUGUAGUUCAGGCUGUAGUUGGUUCAUCUCAGCCACCCCGGACACAGUUUGGUGCUUCUCAGGGUGAACCAGGAUAUAGCAACAUAGGAAAUCAGCAUGGUCAGUUUGGUUCUCCCCAGAGAGAACCAAAAUUUAGCAACCAUCCACCACAAGUUGGGUAUGGUGCCCAAUUGCCUCAGUCAGGAUAUCGCUUUGAGCUUCAACAAGAACAGGUUGGAUUUGGAAAUCGAGUAGCACAACCUGCAUAUGACACCCGCUGGAGCUCAAGUGGUUAUGGAUCAACCCAAGGGCAACUGGGAUACGGUGGUCCUCAAGCGCAGUCACAUGAAUCUCAGUUACGACAUCAUCAGGGAAGUUUUGGCAUGCCACAUAUCCAAAAUAACAAUGGCUUCUAUAGACACAACCCUGGAUACAUGCCAUCUAAUGGUCUGCAGGGAUUUGAUGCUCCCCAUGGCACACGGACCACAAUGUGCCCCUUUAUGUUCCAGCGCCUAUCCUCAGACCUGGGGACGACAUCAUUGUACGUAGAUUACCUAUCCUUACGAUGUGCUAUCUGGUUAUGUUGUCAAAAAUGUGGAGAAAUAGCAUUGAUCCACCUUCCUAUGCAGAGAAAGGUAAUCAUUGAACUGCAUGCUCCAAAUCCUGGGCUCACUAUCGAUUUGGUUACGGAUCUGGAUUUCACGUGCGGUCCAAAACAGUGGUGUACAUAG